AGGCCACCUUUGGGCGUUUGCUGGCAGCUUUGCAGUCUUGUGGAGCUGGAACUGCACAACGGCUGUCUCCUUUGGAGUUGGACCUGCGGGCGAAGAAUGAUGUGAAGAAUGAUUUGGCGCCAAUGCAAAAAUUAGUCUUGGAUGUGAAACUACAAGCACGGCAGGGGAUGAGGUACAACGAGGAAGUCGAAGAAAACGGGAGUCCCGACUGGAGGUCCAAUCGGAUUCUUGAUAGUUUACUCGAGCAUGUUCAUGAAGCUGAACUGGAGGUCCCAACUGUGGAUGAGACGGAGGCGCCCAAAUAUUUGGGGCCGCCGCGGCUGAAAAUGUUGCUUUCUGAAGAUGUCUUGAGACAAUAUGUGAAAUCCCAGGAAUACAAGAAAUCCGCACAUGUGAAAGCAAAUGUGUCCAGAACGCGUCCCAUCCAGAAUGCUGCACAUGGAGCUCCAGAAAGUUGGGGUCGCUUUUGGACAUGUGUGCAGCGGAGCCCACAGAAAAAGGAACAUCAGAAGUUGGAAGAACGGUUGCAUGCAUAUUUCCAGUCAACAGCCAUGAAGCUAUCACAUGACGGACCCCUCUACCAUGGCACCGAGCAGAGGAUGUGCAAUGAUCCAUUUCUCAGCAAGUCUCACUUGACGGAACAUUCUGUCCAUUAGUCUCGCGCAUGAGGCAACCUUGCUUGGCCCUCCCGACGGCGCACAUAAACAG